AUAGCAGCCCAUAGUAAACAUGUCUGUCUAACAGCAGCCUUCAUUAAUGGGCGGUGCUUUAAUAAAUCAUGAAUCUCUCAAUUUUCGACUGAUUGUUCAUCACAACUAACUAUACAAUCGCUGCAGGACACUAUGAGGUCUGCAACAAGGAUAAUAUGCCGUCAAAGGACCUUCCUGUUAUAGACAAACUACGAGCAAUGAGGACUUGAUAAAGGUUUGAUAAAGUAUAAGGGGAUCAGAGACAACACCACUGCAAAAUGUUGGCCAGAAGUAGAAAGUAUGAUAAUGAAACACUUGACGUUGUUAACAAAGGAUGCCUCGACUCAUACGAUGGUGUGGCAUGUGGCAGAAUAAGCUUUCUUACUCUCCUCUGUACAGUAACAUUCCUGCUGGUCGUCUUGAAGAUAAUUAAAUACCAUGCCUACAGGCAUUCGCAGAUGCACCAUUAUGCCAUAUUUUACGUCUCAGCAAUGAAAUGCAUUAUUUGCGCUGCGAGCUUCAUUGUAGGUAUCCGCUAUCCUCAGCUGCAUUUUACCGCCAAUUUCUUCAAGCUCCUCCAAUUCAUUUUGAUCUGUCAUCUUCAUUGGUCAAUGGCAGCCAGAGCUAGACACAGGGAUGAUAUAGUACAGCACGUUGUGAACCCUGUACUAUCUCUCUACAUGCUCUACUGUACUACCGUUGUAUUAAUGGGCAUGGUGGACAUAAGCGGAACGUGGACUGAGUGCCUCCGUCCUUAUUGGUUAAUGUUGUCGAGUGUAGAUUUUAUAUCUGUGCAACUAUUUGCAGUGGUGGCUCUUUACCUCACUCAUAGUAAUAAUCGUUCAGUAAUCUCACCGCUCAUGCUGCCUACCGCUUCCUCUCAAACUCGUGACUUAUGGCUCGUCACAGCAGUAUAUGAAGUCUCAGCAGUAGUGUCUGUUGUUUUUGAUGCAGUUAUGUCUUUAUUGGGUAGAGAAGAAACUGGCUGCAGUGGUAUCUACAGUCAUAUUCAGAUGUACUACAGCUCGUCUAUCGUGGUGGUGAUAAUUCUCAAAUACUUUGUACCAACCUGGACUUUACUCUGCAUCUUUCAACCAGUUCGCGUCAAUUCAAGACCAUCGGUAGUUGUUCCAACCUCGCACUACAAUAUAGACGGAACCUGUUACAAUCAGUAUCGAAGAAUGUUCUUUUCCCAAAAUGGUGGGCAACCUACAUCAAUGUCAUAUCCGACGAUAUCUUAUCCAUCAGAUCCUCCGAUGUAUGAGGGCUUUGGAGAUUACUCUUAUCCAAAUAGUUCCCCAGAUGCAUCGCCUACAAUUGAACAAAGAAAAGGAGACAUAGAUGAUGUCUGUGAGGGGUAUGAAAAGCAUUUCAUCAACAUCGAUCAACGUAGAGGUAUUAUUGAAAACCGAUACAGAAUGGAACAAAAUAGACAGAAUCUAGAGAGAAAUUUAAAUAUGGACGACGAAGACGACAAUGAAACUGAAAUAGAGAAGAGAGCUGCAUUGAAGAAUGGUAAUCUAACAACGAUCAGCGAAGAGGGUGUGACCAAUAUGGACAGUCCUCAAGAGUAGGUAAGUUGUUGCUCAAAAAAUCUAAGUCAAACCACACCUAAUUUUAAAAGUGCCUAACACGGCUAGCGGAUCAUUGUGGUACACAUUUAUACUCUCCAGCAUCUUAUCUACCAGCCCGAUUUAAUCAAAAGGUACAUAUGCACACAAGUUGUACCUUUUUAAAUACGUAUGUUUCCAACAUUGUCGAUUUCGCUGUAAUAUUGACGAUACUAUUUUAUCGCCGAAUGUUGGAUAGCUGAAUGGAUUGUAGAUCUUUAGAUUCAAACUUCUUCUCGUAUCGAUAGACAUACAAAUACGUAGUUUUGUUAAUUGAUAAUCAAGAUAGGAAUUUUCUGAAAGGGAUUUUUAACAUUGAUCAUAUUAGUAAUUAGUUUAUAAAUAAGAUUAACGUAAUCUCGAAACAAUUUUAAACAUACAUUACUAUAAGAUUUAUCUGAAAGUGAAAAUAUAAGACUUGGUUGGGGCGUAAUUAGCUUAAGGGUGAGAUAGGGCGAUAUGAUUUUUUCUAUUUAUUCAAAUCUGAUAUACAUUAAAAUGUUUCAAAUUCAUCCAAGUUAUUGAUUGAAAAACUGAGACUCACUGAUUAUUGAAUGUCAUAGAGAAUAUUCCAAAACUGAGCUGUGAUUCGUUUGCCAGAAAUUGAAAGAAAAACUAAAACGAGCGCGAAAUGUUCAGUAAAUUGUAGUAAGUUAAAAAAAAAAAAAUUUUGGAAUACUUUUUAACGUAUUUACAAUUAGAUGAAAUAGGUACGAAUAUAGAAUUAUUUGAAUAAUUAAUAAUGAAUUAAUUUAACUAAGCAGCUAUAAAAUUAAUUAAUAACGAGCUGUGUUUCGUUAUUGUCCAACGUACAUAGACUAAGUAUGUAUAGGUCUAGAAUAUGUAGAUACAACGUGCAACACAUAAAGUUGCUUUAUGUCAAGACUGUGUUCAUACGUGGAGAAUUGCAACGUAGUAUGAAAUAACCGAUCUGCUUUCAAAAUAUCUAUGAUGAAGUUGAAGUGAUAAUGAUAAUUACUGGAAAUCUUAGGAUUCAAUUUGGCUAAAUGUAAGUGAAAGAUAUAUUGAUAGAAAAAUAUCCGAAUUUUUCUACACUGUCACUCACAGUCGUUUGAAACAUUGGCUUUACAAAUCGUAUCAGCCUAUGAUCAAAAGUUAGUAUUUCGUUAAAGAAAUUUGUACAUUCAGUUAGUUCCUAUUCACAUAUUUACUCAUCCAUUCACAUGAGCAAUUGUAUACAUAUGCUUUUUACGUGCACCGGCAUUGAGUCCAAUUUUAGUAACCGAGAACGAGAUUUUUUUUUAUUUAUCGUUUAUAUUACACUAAUUGUGAAUUCGCGCGCAUAUCAAACAAAAAAAAAAAUAUCAAAUCAUACUAACUCAAUUUUUUCGAAUCAUUCAUACGUCUAGUUGGGUUUUAUACUCAAAUCUCAUAAGAAUGAACUGAUAACAUAUUUUUUAGAUAAAUAAUACAAAUUAGAGCGGUGGUUUUCAACGGGGGUUAUAUCAUUUAAUUUGAGACGUAAUUUUUUCUUAUAAUCGGAUAAAAUUACCCUCACAAUUAGCGAAUUUGUAUUCAUCUCAUUAUUAAUUCUCAUCAACAUUUUCUACGCAAUUGACAUUUUUUGCGAGCAAAAAUAUUAAAUAAAGAUGUAUAUAUUUAUUUAACGGUGUAUCACACCUCGUAUUCCCGGACAGCUGAAUCGCUGAUCAAUCUAAUAAUUAAUCAAUGGAUAAUUGAUCCCUACUCUACUGCUUCUGAAAAAGAUAAAAUUCAAUCCAACGAAUGAAACAAACGAUGGAAAAACAUCAGUAGUCGUCAGCUCGUACCAAUCGUCUGUCCAUAUUAAUCUUAUUAUUCUUCAUGCAGUUUCUGGUAAUUUUGACGAGACCUGCUUUUGUAGCACGCUGAGUGUUAUCUUUUCAAUCAAAGAUCAUUCACCGCCAAUUAUAGAAACAAAGUAAUUAUUUCAUUUUCUGUUGCUUAUUACGAAUGAGGUUUCUAAAGGUUUGCAGAAUUUUUUUACUCCCUCAUCGGUAUAUUCCCGAGGUUUUUUAUGCCUCACAAAUUUCGGCUCAGAUUUAUAGCAUUCGUGACUUGAUACACGGCGAACAGUCAACAUAGAGUUCUAAAUUUGUUAUACAUCGUUGAAAAUUAACUAAAAGAAUUCAAGAGGAGAGAGAGAGAAAUUUAUUUCAUCCCGGAGAAAGUCUCCCUAAGAACCAUAGACAGAAAUCUAUACCUAACGUGAGAAUAUAUGUGUAAGAACUAAAAAAUGUGCUUACGUACGAAAAUCGGUUGGAAAAAAAGACAAAUAGUUAUAAUAAUAGUAUAAAUAUAAUAACUACAAGUAAAAAAAAGUUAGAACUGAAAAGAAGAGCAGAAGAGAACAUCGUGGCUCUGAAUUAGUUGGCACAACAGAAUCCAGCCAACGGAGGAGCGAAAAGCCCAGAAACACCCCUAAAGCGCCUUAUCAAAUAAACAGUCGGAGCGCCCACGUAACUUCUUCCGCGUGAUGUUGAUGGUUAUCUAACAUUCUGAAAUGUGCGUUGGGGUUAUUUUUGAGCAUAAGUCUCAAACCUGAUCAAUUUUGCGAAUUUUGUUUUGGUUAGAGAGGGAGAGAGAACGAGAUUCAGUGUUUGCUUAUGCGGAAAAAUUUUUCCUAAAAUUUAUGCCUAAAGUUUAUCACGUAUGUUGAAGAUAAAAUUUACAUUCAGCGUAACUUUGCCUUGUAUUCGUUAUUGUAUAUAUUCUUGUCACUUAUAAUAAAUGUGAAACUAUUGAAUACAUUAGAAAUUAUGUAUCGAUUGGUGAUACUUAUUCACUGUACAUCUAUGUAUUCAAGUUACAACAACUACACAAUUUAUGUAUGCAACUUGAUCGAAAUGAAAUUUAGGAGUUGUAAAAAAAUAACAACUUCCAUUCAGAGAUAAGAGAUAAAUAUUAUUUAUUCGUAUAAGAAGGAAUUUGUAAAACUGAGAUCAUAUUCUUUCGCACUUGGAAUUGGUACGUGUUUAUCGUGCAGUAAUGAUGAGAAACGAUUGUAUUAGGUCAUCCUAUUGGAUUAUAAUGAUACGCGAAGGGCACACCCACAUUCGUAUGUAAAUAUUUAUGUUUAAUUCAAUGAUAAUAAAAACGCAGUAUGAUUCAUGCAAUUUUUAAGUA